AUUGUUAGUCAGUCUUGAGCAAAGCUGCGAGCUGUGAAUAUCGGUCUUUAAUACUAAAUAGUAGUAGUCGUCGUCGUCGUCGUCGUCGUCGCCUUCUUUCGGUUUCACUAGUCAACGUUGCUGUAGUCAACGACGUUGUUGCAGCAACCACGUAGUCGCUAUCCUUACGUACCUUACGUCUCACCUUUAGUUGGCCCCCCUCUCACGGACACCGCGCCACUUCGUUGCAUUCCCACCUCUUUGCGGUUGCUACUAUAAACGGGCGAAUUACUUGUUCAUUGGUGCGUUACCAGGGAAGACCGUAAAGAAGGUCACACUCGCCGGUAAACGAAAAUUGGAGAACUGUUAUUGAGAGUGAAGUGCACCAUUAUGGCUGGUUGAAUAUUUAAAAUAAAAAAAAAUAAAAAAUAAAAAUUAAGUAAACCACAAUUUCUCAAUUAAAUGAAAUAAGUGUUAUUAAAGUGAAAUUGGCGAACAAGUGAAGGAAGUUAAUAGUUUUUAUAAAUUUUAAUACAUAACUUGUGUGGAAAAAUUAAAUAACAUUCAGCAUGCUACAUAGUACUUAUUUUAAUGAAGUACAUGAAAUGAGGUAAAAUUCCUUAAUCGACUGCAUUCCAAAUAAAAAUUCCGCUUCGAAAAUUUAUAAGACUUCUUGGCACAACCAUUCCUUUACCUGCGAUCCAUCAUGUUUGGCAUAAAAUAUUUAACCGAAACCCAUUUGAAGGGUUUCGAACGCUAUAAGUACAACUGCAUCGACACUGGCUACAUCAGCGUCUAUAUAAUGCAUCCUUUUUGGAACUGGUGUGUGCAGUUUCUACCCAAAUGGCUAGCUCCGAAUCUCAUCACAUUCACCGGCUUCCUGUUGACCGUGGUCAAUUUCAUUUUAAUUGCAUAUUACGACUGGGAUUUCCAGGGAGCGAACAAUGCCGUACACACAGUGCCGCGCUGGGUUUGGUCGGUGGCGGCUAUUAAUAUUUUACUUUACUACAAUUUAGAUGGCAUGGAUGGUAAGCAGGCACGUCGCACUGGCACCAGCAGUCCGCUGGGUGAACUAUUUGACCACGGUCUGGACUCUUACUCCGCUGCGCUCAUACCCAUUUAUAUGUUUUCACUAUUUGGCACAAAUGACUUGCCGCCGAUUCAUAUGUUUUGGGUUAUUUGGAAUGUUUUUCUUAAUUUUUAUUUGACACAUGUCGAAAAGUACAACACCGGAGUUAUGUUCUUGCCGUGGGGAUACGAUUGCACGAUGUGGGGCGUCAGCUUAAUGUUAUUCUUCACCACACUGGUCGGUCCGAAUAUUUGGCAUGCACGCCCAUUUUUGAAUGUCAGUAUGGCAAAUAUAUUUGAGUUUGUGCUACUGACUUCGAGCAUGAUAAGCAGUCAUCCAAUUAUCAUAAAAAAUAUAUAUUUGUCAUACAAAAAUAAAACCGGUAAAAUGCUUCCAUUCAUGGAGGCGGCGCGACCACUCUUCCCCUUCCUUUGGCUUUUCGCAAUCGGCACAUUUUGGUGCUUUUACUCGCGUAAUGGCAUCAUUGAUCUGUCGCCGCGCAUACUAUUCGUGCUCUUCGGAACGUUAUUUUCCAAUAUUGCGUGUCGCUUGAUAGUGGCGCAAAUGUCCGACACUCGCUGUGAUGGUUUCAAUCUACUCAUGUGGCCACUAUUGGCUACUGUGGCUGUUUGUUGCUUUCCGCGGUACGAACAAUUGUGGGGCAGCGAUAUUAGCGCCGAAAUGGAAUGUUGGAUUGUGCAGGCGUUAACGAUAUUCGUGACCAUUGCGCAUCUGCAUUACGCACAAGGAGUGGUUUGCGAAAUGUGCGAUCACUUCAAUAUUCGUUGCUUUAAAGUAAGAGAAACUGCUUAUAUGGCACAAAAACUCACAAAUACCUCGCCAAAGGAUUCACCUGCGGUGACCAACUCUAACACAUCUACACAUUUAACCGAUUCAUUACUUACUAAACGUUUGAGUAAUAACAAAAAUGGACCAAAUUCAAACAAAUUGGAUGAAUAAUUAAUGUGGGACUAACAUAAUUUUAA